AUGUCAGGAAACGUCUACACGGCCGUCUACUCUGGCGUGCAUGUCUACGAGUUCAUGUGUCGCGGCAUCGCCGUUAUGCGUCGCAAGCAGGACUCUUACCUGAACGCGACCCAGAUCCUCAAAGUCGCCGGUAUGGAAAAGGGCAAGCGCACAAAGAUCCUCGAGCGCGACGUCCUCACAGGUGAGCACGAAAAAGUCCAAGGCGGCUACGGCAAAUACCAAGGCACAUGGAUUCCAUUCCAAAGAGGCAAGGAUCUCGCAAUAGAAUACAAGGUCGAGCCUCUGCUACGCCCGCUCUUCGACCACAACGUCCUCCCGGGUGAGAUCGACAAUGUCACACCCACCAAAGAAAUGGUAAUGGGCCAAAAGACCGCCCACAGCGUCAAAAAACAACUCAAGGGAUCCGCCUCACCACGUACAUCCUCCACCAAACGUGCAAGGAGCUCUUCUGCAAAACCAGCAGCCGGAUUACAAACCUUUAAUGCAGCCUCCAUGACCCCGUCCCCGCUCCAACCAUCCUUUAAUGCGCCCUCGCCCUCGAUACCACCAUCUCCUCGUUGGAGUUCAGAGUUACCACCACGGAAACGAAUCAAGGCCAACCAGUCGCCCUCGCCCUAUGAUCGGGACUAUUCAGUCGAACGCGACAUGAUCAUGGACUAUGAGCGCGAUGAAACCGAACUUUUGCCGUCCAGCAAACCAGCCAUCGAUAACCAAAGCAUAGACGAGCUCCUAGAGGGCGUCGAGAAAUACCGGUCCAUCCUGAUGGCCAUUUUCCUGAACGACGAGACUGAGGAAAUCCCAUCGUUGCUAACCGACCCCACGGAACCAGAAGAUCUGGAUAUCGAUCUUGGCCACACAGCUCUGCAUUGGGCCGCUGCAUUGGCGCGAAUUCCGGUUCUAGAACUCCUGGUUCAGAAGCAUGCGGGCGUGCGCCGGGUUAACCUCAAUGGAGAAUCAGCACUAGUUCGUGCAGUCCUCGUGACCAACAAUUUCGACAGACAAUCGUUCCCACACCUGCUCGAUAUCCUACACCAUGCAAUUCCACUGGUCGACCGCAAGAACCGGACAUUGCUGCAUCAUAUCGCGGUCACAGCGGGCAUGCGUGGUCGCGCAGCGUCGGCUCAUUAUUACAUGGAGUGUUUGCUGGAGUGGAUUGCGAGACAUGGGGGUGAUUUCUCGUCCUUGGUCGAUGUGCAGGAUAAGAAUGGCGAUACGGCACUGACGAUUGCGGCUCGUGUGGGCGAUCGGUAUCUGGCAAAGUUUUUGAUCGAUGUGGGCGCAAACCGGGAGCUCGAAAAUAAGGUCGGAUUAAAGGCUGGAGACUUUGGUAUCGACGACAUCCCUUCUGGGCCAACGGAACAGCCAUUCAUGCCACGCAAUUACGUCCAGCCGCCAUCGACAGAGCUACCCAUAAGUGAACAGAAUGCAAAGCGUGGUAGAGAAGUUGUAUCAGUCGUGCAAAAGAUGGUCGAAGGGUUGGAUUUAGAGUUUUCGCAAGAGAUCUUGGCCAAGAACAGUCAGCUCAAGGACACACAGGUGCUACUUCGACAGGCCACCCGCGAACUCACAGAGACACGGAAGACCAUCAGUCAGUGUCGCUCUCAGGUCCGACAGCUGGAAGAAGCCCAUCAGAAGAUCAAGAACUUGGAAGCUUCGCUAGACGAGGAAUCACAAAAGACCCGUCGCCUUAAGGGAUACACUGGCAAGACAACCCGGGCAAAUGAGGAUAUUGAUUCCUCGUUCAAUGUUCGGAAGCCAGUUCUGCAUUCUACCACUGGUUUUGGCAAUAACGACGGAGGCACCAUGUCUGAGCAACCUACAACAGAUCUGACACGGGAGAGGAUAGCAGAGCGGGAUGUGAUCCAGCUCCGGUCCAGAGUGUAUGCCUACCAGAAGAACGAUGAGGAGCUAUCACGAGAGCUGGCCGAGACGAGGAGCAAGACUUCUGCAAACGAACUACUCUGCAAGAAGGUGAUUGCCAUCUGCUGCAAUAUCCCGCUCGAGAGAGUCGACGAUAUGCUGGUGCCCCUGACCUUGGCGGUCGAGAGUGAUGGCGCCAGCUUGGAUCUGUCUCGUGUCGCAGGGUUCAUGAGCCGCGUCAAGCAGCAAGAAGCCUUGGCUGCCUCUGCAUCCAACAGCGCAUGA